AAAACAACAGCAGGAGAGCUCGACUUUUCCUUUAUCGUUCAUCAUAAUACAUUUUCCUUCGCAACCGCAAGCAGGCCGGACUUUUCCUGACGGAUUAAGAUACAGAAAGGCAAAGCGAAACGAGAGUGUUCCCUGUCCCACAUCACCUACUUGUGAAUCCCCCCGAACCUCCCUGGUUUUUGUUUCAGCCCCGGUUUUGAGUCGAGUGAAGGAUGUUGGAUCCGCAGUGAUGAGAAAAUAUUAUUCGAGAAAAAAAUGAAAUACGGAUGGUCGUAAAAAUCAUUAGUGAAGUGCGUAGAGAUUUAGAAAUUUUAGAUGUGAUUCGACCUUUGGCGUGAUACAUUAGUGCAGGGCGGAUUAUUUAUUAUGAGCUUGUGGAUUUCCUGUGUAUAAAGCUGUCCCUCAUGUGUGCUUAAAUUUUCAGCGCUAGUGUAUUUUGGAAAAAAAAACUAUUUAUGAUAUGAUAGACGGUGCGUCGGUGUAAUUUAGUUAGGAUAUUCAAAUUCUUCCCCUGGAAUGGAAAGUCUCGUGCUGUUGAUUUAAUCUGAAAUCAGGGAAUGUAGCGAAAGUAACUGAAGUGAAAAUUUAGAUAGUAAACCCAUAACAGAAUAAUCCCCUUAUUUUGGAGUGUUUUCAUUGUGAUUUUUAUCAUCUCGAAAUUGUGGAAAACGUAAUUGAAUCUCAUUAUUAUUUUUCAUUUUAUAAGAGAAUAUCGAAUAAAUCAAGGCUGUGGUUGUCCGGAAAAAAACCUAGCAAAUUCAAUCAAAUUCAGCAAUCUUGAUUACGCGUUAGUUCUCAGAAGAAUUCACACGGGCAAGAAGUGAAGAAUUAAAUUCAUUGGUGGCCUCGGCAGCUAACCUGUGCAAUAUACAUGAUUUCUUGAUUGUGUUUUGUUCGGUAUAUGUAGCUAGAAUUGCUUCCACCAGAUAGGACACGUCUAGGAUCAGAAAAGCGCGAGAGAGAGUGGUGUCGAACGGAAGGAAAAAUGCUGCUCUGAAAAACCAACGUGAAACUUCUGUUUCCAGUAAUCGCAACAAAGGAUCCGAGUGUCAACAUAACAUAACAGAACGCGAAAAUGUCAGCAAAAGAUGCAAACUUUAUGUUGUUUACCAACAUAAAUGACUGCUCCUACGUUUCGUGCUAUUGCGAGGAAAACGUGUGGAAGCUGUGCGAACAGGUGAAGAAAACACAUCCAACGGAGCUGUCCAAAUGCUAUGCCGUGUUUGUAUCGAAUGAGAGAAGAACAGUGCCAUUAUGGAGACAGAAAGCCGGCCGCGGUGACGAGAAGCUGGUGAUAUGGGACUACCAUGUUUUCUUUAUGCAUAAUCCAUCGCCCAAUCGGUGUUUGGUGUUCGACCUAGACACCACGCUGCCUUUCCCGACUUACUUCCACAAAUACGUGACGGAAACGUUCCGCUCGGACUAUGCCGUGACGCCCGAGCAUCACAGAUUUUUCAGAGUUAUACCUGCCGAAAAAUACCUGGCGGAGUUCUCGUCAGACCGGAGACAUAUGCGUAGACCGGAUGGUUCAUGGAUAAAACCUCCUCCAUCGUAUCCACCCAUUCAGACAAGCAGCAACUCCCACAGCCUGGACGACUUCAUCUGUAUGAAACCGGGCAAAGGACCAGGCAGCGUGUACGAUCUGCUACACUUUGUGCAACAGUUCUACAAACCUCCCGACAGGAAUAUCACCAAAACGCAGAACUAAAUUACGCUUACAGUGUGCUCAAUGAAGCUUGAGGACAGUGGUGCCAUGUGCUUAUGCUACUUCUGCUACCAUUAAUCGUCGGUGAAAAGCGUAGUUAUUAUGGGACUUUGUUGCAUUUGACGGUUUUGGGUCUAAUUUGUUCGAGUGUUUUUUUUUUGCUGUUUUGCUGAAGAGCGAGCAUGUUGAGGCUAGCGCGUUGAGGGUGGAGUGAACAAGUAUUUGUAGUUAAUCAAAUGUACGCUAAGCAGCAAAUGAAUAGUGAGCUGAAAAAAAAGAAGACAUUAGAAAGAUCGGUCGGAUUUGGAAGAAAGGUGUUUAGUGUUAUGCAUUUAUCAUCGAGCAAAAGGUCAACCUAACAUUAUGACAUCCGACAACUCUAUACAAAAACUGAGAAUAAGAGAAAAAAGUGAACUUCUACUUUGUAAGUGAGGUUGCAUUUAAUGUAAAAUGAUGAUACAUCAAAGUAAGCAGAGCUGACUAUUUGUUAAUAUGAUUAACUCAGAGAAAGAAAGUUGUAUUAUGAACACCUUUUUCAAACUUUACAAGCACAAAUCUUAACAUAAAGUUAAUUAUCUAGCAAGACAUACAAGUUUCUCGCGUUGGAACUGCAGUUGGGAUCCGCAAUGAAGUAUACUCCAACCAAGCUGAGAAAACACAACGUAAAUCGCGAUGAACAAAUUUUCAACAACUAUACAAUGUGAUAUUAGUUAAAUUUUAUCGUUAAACCUUGCGCUCCUGUUCAAUGUUUUCCAUCUCCAUGUAUAGUAUAAUGUACACCAUUAAUUUCUCCGUGCAACAGAAUGUUAUAGAAUUAUCUUUAGAAGUUUCACUGUUUUAGUUUCAAUGCCACGGACCAGAUUACAAUCCAGAUUAGUCUUUGCCUUGUGACUAUUACCACAUUUUGUUAAAACCAUCUCAUGCGUAGUUUGGUUGUUUAUUAUACAAACCAAUCCUGGAUCCAUCACAAUUUCAAAGGUUUUAUGAUCAUUUGACAUAUUUUCAGUUUAGAAAGUAAUCUUCGUUAACUCGAUAUCAAGCUGGAUGGCCUAUACUAUAUUCUGAACAUGUUUUACUAGUGUAGCAAUUCAUAGUAGCUUGACGGUUGCUUUCAUGAACUCAAAAACACAUUGUGUUUGUCAUUUUAGAAACCACGACUUUACAAACAGCAUUUAACAAGCUGAACAAUGAAGGCCAAAUUUUGAAAUAGCGUUGCAGAUAAUCCAAGGUUCAAAACUCAAGAACUGAUAGACGUAAACGGAAGCUGACAAUGGUAGCAGAAUUAUUUGAAAUACAGUUGUUCAUUUGUUGUUGGAACGCGCCUCACACGAAGAAUCCACAAAACUAUAAUAGACUUUAUACUCCACACACAAAAAAAUAAAUUUUGUAUUUUUCUUCUUAUCUUUACAAUUGAUUAUACUCCAGAGAUGCGAAUUGGGUAAACAUUAUUUAUACUAAUAUCCCAGAUAUAACUUUUACUAAAUCUGAUAACUUUUACUCCGAAUUUCUUAUCGUGUAUUAAUAUUGUAACUUUUACCAGUUUUGACUAUUAAGCUUAAAAGAAGAAAACAAUUUAAGAGAAGAGCAAAGUCCAACUUUUAAAUAACCGCACAUAUAAAUGAAACCACUUUUUAUGGACCUUUAUGAUUAUGCAAAUAUUUGUGAAUCCUAGAAUCGGAAAAAGAAACAUAUUUAUUGCGAAAAAGAAAACCAUUUUGCCCUAUCAUUAAGAGAUAUAUUUCCUCCAAAUCUAUUAACCCGAGUGUACUUGAGAAGAGAAGAUAGCAUUAUUGUUUAAACUUACUCGAAAUUUAAAAGGGCAUAAUUGCAAAGAAAACGAAUGUUAACAUUUAUUGAGGAAAAAUGAAAAAAAACAGUAAUAUGUCAGACGCACGAACGGUGACAAAAAUUGGAUGCUAGAAGUUUAUAUUAGACAAAUUACUCUGUUUGAUGGCUAAUACUCGUACUAUUACUCUAAGGCAAUUUCUGCAGAGUAGAGGACUCUAACAGCUAUAUUACAGGUUAAAUAAUUGAAAUGUUUAAUUUCAGGAUUUAGCAAUCCGGACGAGGGAUGCGGAGGCCGUGCAAUCUUAACAAGUAUAAACAAAGUAUGCUAAACAUAGGAUGAGCAAAAAACGGUACGAACAAACAAGCAUAUAAAGCACUGACAAAUAAGGUGUUUCGAUACGAUAAAAUGAUUCUUGUUGGGAUGAGACUCUUCUAUUGAUUUCAUUAUUUUGUUUUUAAUAACACUGAUAGUUUAAAUUGAAUAAACAAAUAAAAAAUCAAUCCGCGAAACAAGUCUCGAACGAAAGUAAUGUUUUGGAAUACUACACAAAAAGAACAAGUUGGUUCGAUGGAUACAAACAUAAACAUCGAGAAUUUAUGUUGAUUUUUAAAAGACUGCAACUUGCUAAAAAAAAUCAUAUCGAGAUUAAAUAUUUAUUUAUUUGGGUUAAGUCUUCAGUGGUAUCGAAAUAUUUUUUUUUAUUAUCUGUAUUAUAGUGAUUUUCAACUCAUUUGGCUGGUUCGCCACUUUUACUUCCAUUUUUUGGAAGAAUGUCGGGAGUGAGAAUUGAACUCGUGACCUUCAGCGUGAGAGGCAUGGAUGUUACCACUACGCCAGAUCGCCUCCACAAAGUAUCGAAAAUAUUAAUCUUAAUCUAUUUUUUUGACUGCAAAGUUUGAAGCCUCCUUUAAAACAAAUGUCUAAUCUAUCCUAUUUUAUAAAACUUAAACCUGCUUCUUCUUCGGUGGCUCUAACGUUCCUAGAGGAACUACGCCCUCGCAAAGUAGUAUCACUUGCGUCAUUUUUAUCAGUACUCAGCUGAGAUUUCUUUGCCAAAUAGCAUGCCUUGGAUGCAGUGGCCUAGCAUGACCAGGUGACACCUGGGGCGGGUGUCUUGGAUAUCAGCCCCUCCAUUCAAACUUUGUUUUCAAGUAUUUUGGUUUGAACUAGGCUUACAUGAGCUCCAGCCUAACUAUUGUCAUUAUGUUUUUUUAUUUGCUUAAUAAUUAACUUAAACAUGUUUUCGGCGCCAGCGAAAUAUAAUUGAUUCCGUAGCGAAAGCGAUCAUGACGUCCUAGUUCACAUGCUUGUCACAUGAUUUGUAGCAUGUAACAACAAACGAGUGCCGCUGACGGAAAUGAUUUCUGUAAGGUCAUAUUUGAACAAACGAACGUGAAUGAAACGUUCAAUCAGCAAACACUGUUCACAUUAGUUUCAACUCGAAAACUUAUGAACUCGCAACAAGACCCUGGCAUCCCUAUCACAACUAACAGAAAUUGUGCGUAGGUAGCAUAGAAAGGGCUCAAACUGUCAAUUCAGACGAGCUGUACAGCGAAAAACGAUCCGUCAUUCGUAGGCGGAGUUACGAAGUUCGACCUCCGGGACAGUGCAUUAAGUUGGUUGUGGUCAGAGAUCAUAUGUCGUGCUGCAUUUAGCACAAUAUUAUGCACUAGAGAUUCGAGAACUUUCCCCUAAGAUCAGAGAACCGAAAUUACCGGAUGGUUGCUAUAAUAGCUCAAACUACCAGUUAUGUGAACCGGAACCAUUGAAGCGGUUUUUCAUAAAAUUGGGAACCACCUCUAUUUUUGUUGAAUUGCUGAAUAGUAACUACAAAAGAAUUACAAAAGCAGUUUCCAUCUUUCUUUGUUUGGUUUAUAGAGACUUUAAACAUUUGCAGUUCAUUCUCCAGCACUGAGAAGGGCCCUGUAAAAAGAAAAACUCUACUCUAUUACUCCUCCUCCCUAUGUCUUAAGAAAGAUAAUCCAUUCUCGCUUGAUGCUCUCCGGCAACGAUGACCGGAUGGACGGAGUAAUUGAACGACGGACAUCCGUACGUGCAACGCGUAUACUGACAACUGACUGGUUUUCACAAUCAUACCCUUAAAUAAUAGUAUAUCUUGAACUCUACAUAAAUAUUUCUUAUGUUAUUAUUUGGGCAGAGCAAUGAAAAGAAAAAGAAUGAGGACAGGGAAGAUGAUGAAGAAAUGGUGUUUAGCUUCAAGUUUUCGCCUUGCUUAUGCAAGCGCGACCUAAUUGUGUCUAGUUAUCCACGAUAAUCGUUCGAUUAAUCGAAUACUUCCUACAGAAAUCGAUUAUUAAUCGAACGAAUACUGCGCAACCCAUAAUCGAAGCGCACGAAUAAUUUACGUCGAUUAAUCGGUUCAAACCCAGAGAGAAAAAAACGUAUGGCCGCUGCAGUUUUAUUCUGAAAUUCAAACAUUUUCUUUGACGCUCCCUUAAACUCGUAAACGAAACUCAAUGCGAAUUGAGCUUCGUUUACAAGUUCAGGGGAGCAUAAACGAUAAUAAUUGAAUUUCAGGCGGAAUGAACACUUUUUUGAUUCCAGAUGGCUUUUUAGCAAAUGAGAAAUAUUAGUCUAACUAAUUAUUACUCUCAGUAUGACGAUUAACCGAUUAAUCGAAUAUUUGGAACGAUUAAUCGUAUCGAAUAACAAACUGCUCAAAAGUAUUCGAUUAGCUGAUGAACGAUUAAUUUCAAAAAUAGGGGAUCACUAAUUGUGUCAUAAACGAAAACAUCGGACACUUGCGAUGUGUGACGAACCGUAGGGGAGAUGGGGGUAAGACGGACAUGUUAAGGAAAACUUCAAUUGUAUCUUUUUUUUUUCAAAAAUUUAAUAGCGGUUUCUUACAGUUCAAUAUACUGGUUUUCGAAAUAACUGGCCAAAUGUUUUAUAAAAAUGUGUUUUUCCAUGUUUUUUACUGAAAUUAAAACAAACCGAAUAGUAGAGCAUUUUUAUCGGUGCGGGUAUAAUGGACAUGUAGUGAGGGGAAUAUGUACAAGUUCGUAAAAUACGAAGCGAGGAGGUUUAUCGCUCGCGAGAGGAAUAAUUUCACUCUCUCUCUCAGUGUUUGUGCGUCCAGUAACUGAAAUAGAACAAAAAGAGAAGGCAAUAUAAAAGAGAGUUCAAUAUUCUCCCCUUCACUUUCCAUCAUGCAUUGGGUGUGAUUAUGGAUGUGACUGUCUAUUUCAACCUUACCAGUGCAAUUAUUUCAAUAAUUUAAAUUUACCACUUACGAAUGAAUGUACUAUUCCGUACAUACCUAAUAUCGCUUCUCUGUCAACUCACAAACCGAGAUAUAAACAUCAGCGAAUUCAAUUUUGCAAAUAAACCACUCAAAAUGCUUAAUAUCGAAGCCGCAAAAGUUACAUCCACACGCGGAAUCAUGUUCGAUUUUCGGGUUCUGUUUGUCUAUUCCACUUUUGAUCAGUAUUCAUUGACAUAGGUUGGUUUAAAUAUUAUAGAAUAGCAUGUAGAAGGGUUUCCCAUCAACAGAAAUUUGAAAUCCAUAAUGCAACUAUACAAAUCAACCACCUGCCCAUUACACCCCCACUGUCCGUCUUACCCACGGCUCCCCUACACAUGUUGAUACAAGAGUCGGGUUUAUUUAUGAAGUGCCUGGAGGGUGACUAAUACUUUAUGAGGUGCGGUUUGAUGUGGACUUGGUAUGUUGGUUAAUUGCAUUUCAUUAAAUGUGAAAUGACAUGAGACAUGUAUGGGUAAAAGAAUAAUAGUGUAAAGAAAGAAUGUAAGAAAGGAUGAUAAUGCCAUACUAUUUAACCAAGUACUUCAUCAUUGAAAAAGACAAACAUCAUUAUUGACAUUCGUUAUGGAAACAUCCCGGCGAAGUACACUUUGGAAGGAACUUAAGAAAAUAUUGGCAGCUCCUUAUCCUUUAACUUUAACGUACAUCCAGAACAUCAAUGGAUUUAGUUUCAAGUUAGAUUCCAGUCUGCAUAUUAUUGCUGGUAGGUACAGAUGCGUCAUUCAUUGUACGAUGAUUCGAUUUCAUUCAUCAAAUCUCUACUCUCAUCAGAUCUUUGAGCAAAAAAUCGUUUCCCUAGUCGGCUAGGCAAGUUUGUCGUAGAACAGAAGAACGUUUGCAUUGACAAACUGUUCGUUCAGAAAAUUCUGCUAGCUGUCCAUGUCCAUUUAAUCAGAAGCAGUGGAUAUUGACGACUGAACAGUGUAGUACUGAAACCGAGCAACGAAUCAGGGGUUCAUCCGGUUGGAAACGAACCUUGCUUGCCUUGAGCCAGCGCUACACGAUGCUACGAACACCCUCGAAUGCUGGACGCUCGAUGAUUCGAUGCAUCGUGUAGUCGACUGACGAGCUACGAGCCUCCAAUGUCGAGCGUCGAAUAUUCGCGUUGGAAGGUAAUCCGUUCGUUGUGGAUUACCUUCCAACGCGAAUGGCACGAGUCAAAGAAUUUUUGUCAUUCGUUGAUUCGACACUCGAUGACAUUCGAUACACCGCUACACGAUUCGUCCGAAUCUAUCUUUGACAGAUUGGUUUGUUUACAAGUUUUAGAUGAAGCAACUAUGAUAUAUAAAACUAUGAUCUCCAAUCAAUUUAUAUAAGGAACUAUAUAUAUAUAUAUAUAUAUAAAUGGAGUGAUGUCUGUCUGUCUGUCUGAUUCUUAUAGACUCGGAAACUACUGAACCGAUCGACAUGAAAAUUGGUAUGUAGGGGUUUUUGGGGCCGGGGAAGGUUUUCGUGAUAUUUUGAGACCCCUCCCCCCUCUCUAAGGGAGGGCUGCCAUACAAAUGAAACACAAAUUUCUGCAUUACUCGGAAAUUAACCAAGCAAACGAAACCAAAGUUGGCAUGUGAAAGUUUUAGGGUGCAAUAAAUGUUUCUAUGAUGGUUAGACAGUCCUUCCCCCACUCAAAGGGGGGGCUGCCAUACAAAUGAAACACAAAUUUCUGCAUUACUCGAGAAUUAAUCAAGCAAAUGAAACCAAAUUUGGCAUGUGGAGGUUUUAGGAUGCAAUAAAUGUUUCUAUGGUGUUAAGAUACUCCUUCCCACUCUCUUAGAGGGGGCUGCCGUACAAAUGAAACACAAAUUUUUGCAUUACCCGAGAAUUAAUCAAGCAAAUUAAACCAAAUUAGACAUAUGGAAACUUUAGGGUGCUAUGAAUGUUUCUAUGGUGGUUAGAUAACCCUCCCGCCUCUCUUAGGGGUGGCUGCCAUACAAAUAAAACACAAAUUUCUGCAUUACUCGAGAAUUAAUCAAGUAAAUGGGCGGGACGAAGUUUGCCGGGUUAGCUAGUUGAUUCAUAAAAUUCAAAAUAUUCGGCAAAAUAUUGCAGUUUAAUAAUGUUGAUUUCAAGCAUUUUUAAUUUACAGCCCGAUAUCAAUACAAUUGCUACGGCAGCAAUUUCAAUACUCGCAUCGUCAUUAAGUUUCCUAACGUUUUUGAUGGUAAAUAAAAACAAUAAACAUUCGAUCCAAAUACUCGCCGAUUGUUUGGACCGAUUGCAUUGAAUCGAACAUUCACUUCACCUGCUAUGCACAUUCGUCACUACAUUUGUCGAUUCAUCGAGUCAAAUCCAACAUUCGAGUGAAACGUUGGACGAAUCGUGUAGCGCCCGCAUUACAAAACAGGCUGGACUGUCGGGAAGACUGUCGUGCCGCGAAGAUAAGGGCAGCCGAUGGAGCCUGUCUGUACGUCCCUGUCCCAUUUUAUGACGAGUUCUGACGAGAUGAUGUAUGACGGUUUUUUGGUCGUGAUCGAAAACACGGACAGUGACUCCUUUUGGCUAGUACCAACCAUCGCCGACCACGUUGGAUACCGUUUUACUAAAAGGCACUUUGAAAGAGACAAAUGAUAGAUAUUCCAGUCAUUUCUCACGAAGGACCAGCUUGACAACUUUCAUGUACGUUGAAUCUACAUUCGCGACUUCAUGAAUAUGUUGUUCUAGGACGCUUUUCCUAUCAUAUCGUCAAUAGCUUGUCUAAUUUCGCCUAAGAAACGGAUCUAGUCUGCUGGUUUCAUAAAAUCUCCUACACGAUCCUACAGAGAAAAGUAUUGAAAAGAGAUGAUUUGUUACAUGUUCCCGAAUGAUUAAUAGGAUCAAUUGUAUCAUCUAGCUCGAGCUGUGAAGAAAUUUUGAAUUUUUCAGCGAUUUGCUGGUUUGUUUGAGUUGCUGCUAAGUUCCGUAGGGUCGACAGGAGUCGCAGAACCAGUUUAGCUGACCAUGUUGAGUAAUGGAGCUUGGUUAAUCCCACACAAGUGUGGCUUAAAAUGGAUCACAUUAUUGCAUGUAAUCACUCUACCAGAACUCAAGGAUCGCGUACAGGCUUGGCACUCAUUCAUAUUGGGCCUGAUCACGAACAUCACUGUCACAAACGCUUUCACGUCACUUACACUUCACUCAAUCUUUUUGUGUCUAUCAUCAUUGUCACGGACAGUUACGUGUAAAAAUGAACUCCAUGAAGUGAAAGUGUUCAUUCCCGUUUAAAAGAGACAUGUCAGUUGCAUGAUUCCGGGCGUUUGAACGUUAUGUCGGUUGCAUCAUUUCGGACGUUUGAACGUUAUGAAGGUAAAAUUAAUACAGUGUAUGCGAUAAUAUUCCAUUUCAUUAAGCGCAUGUUUUAGAAUGACAAGUUUGCGAUUACACCUUGAUGAUUCGGUACUUUAAUGCCAACUAUUCGGACUGAUCCCAUGAUUCAUUUGCUUGGUGCAUUAGUUUACUGAAUCCAAUGCUGGUUCAAAAAUGAGGAGGAGUACUUGGUUGCUCGGGAAAAAUGUAGUUGUUGAACAUAUGGGACUGUAAUUUUAUUUUUUCGUUCUAAAAAUUACUCUAAAGAUAUAACAUGACUAUUAUAUUUAAUAAUCGACAUCUCGCAUACUCUUGUUCUUAGCUCUGUCUUACUUGUUUGAAUAGUGAGAAGUAUUUAGUAUAGGUCAAGUUUAGAAUUAUUUUUUUAAGGACCGUUUGUACAAUUUUGAUGAAUAAUAAUAUCUUCUAUAUCACAUGACGAACUCGAAUUUAUCCACCACGAUCAGUAUAAUCUGAGCUAUCCCCAUAUGGGAUUCUGAAGUUUAGUCCUCUUAUUCUUUCCAUUCUCGUGUAAUUUGAUAUAAGGAACAAGAGGUUUGACUCAAUCUUUUAAACAGAAACUGGUUAGUAGCGUCGGUCAGAAGCAUAAUCUUCAUAUAAAACAUCUGAUGAGAUUCAAAGAAUUUGCUAAAAGCAGAAAGUGAUUCAGAUUUUCUUCAGAUGGAUAUCAAAAUUAUGGAAAUUAUGGAAGAAGAACUAGAGAAUAAUUUAAAAACAGUAACUUGUGAAUGUAAUGAUAAAUUCAUUUUUUCAUGUUUGAAACUUAUUAUCACUGUUUUAAUAUUAUUUCAAAGUAUGUCUUCAAAACGUUAUGAGAAUAUCUGUUACGUAAAAAAAACAAUGGCCCUAUUCGUUAUAACUACCGUUCUGAUUCGGGUCUUGUCUACCAAUUGCGAAUGCUUGAAUUACAAAAAUCAGCUCUGCAAUGUUGGAAAAACUUUACAGUUAUUAUUUUAUACUCAAAAUAUCAACAAAUCAAUAUUAUACAUAAACAAUCAUGAUGAUCGUUCUGUCUAAUAAGAGAUUAUUAAUUAUUGUUUCUCUUACACUAUUACAGCGUAUUUGGGCCAGUGGCCUCCAUUCCCAUUUCAUGGUGUUGCAACUCUCUGUUAGUCUAAUCCUAAAAAUAGAAACAAAAAAAACUAUCCAUUCAGGAUAAUCGGAAGUAGACCUUUCGCCAUGUUUCAAUGGGUCUACGAGAGCUACAUUUUUAGUCCUUAAUUACAUUCCAUAGCGCAUUUACCGAAUCUAAAUAAAACAUUUUACGUCUUCUGGAUACGUCAGGAUUUCGUUCUAAAAAUGCCACCAGGCAGGUAAAUUGCUGUUUGUUUAUCUUUUGUUUCUUAAACAAGACAAGAGACAAGAUUCAGAAUGUUAGCAAAAAAGCUAAAUAAAUACGAAAUUAAACUUACUCCAUUCCGCGUGACUAGCUUUCACCAUCUAAAACACAAGUGACAAAUAUACAUGUUUUUCUCCGUGACAUGACAGUAUCGUGGUAUUCAUAAUAACACCGAGUUCAUCAAAGUUGUCACGACGGAUGAACUCUUCCGUAUUCUACACACACGGUGGCAGCCGUAAUAACGUUGUAUACAAUUCACUUCGUUUUCACCAUGAAGUGACGUUCGUGAUCAGGCCCAUUAUCAAGCAGACUAGGAGAUCACCGUGUCAGCUGAAUUAUAAAGUAGGGAGACUUUAUGAGAUGGCUGGGUUAACUCUAUAUCUAGGCAACACACAGUUGAACAAGGCUAGGUAGAUAUGCACGAUCUCGAAGUUAGUUACAGAAUGUUUAACUUACAAAUGUUUGGUUUGAGAUGUAUACACGUGAUGGAUAAACAAUACCCAAUAUUUUUAUUCAUUACGUAUAUACACAUUAAUCCAAAACAUAAUACCCGAACAUUCUAAAACAGGAAGCUUGUAGUCUUAAAAUAGCAACCAAAUAUUCAUUUACUAUGAAGUUACAGUCUUUCACAAAUUACCAUAAAUUAUCGAGGUUUCGCUAUGCUCCGGUAAUAUUUUUUUGCUGAGUAUGGAUGAUCCAAAGCAAUCGUUCGAGCUGUUUGGGACCUCGAUGCUACAAUAUUGCCAUCUAUAAAAGUUUGCGGUUGCAGUGGAGUAGAGGUACCCUCUUUCAGAUUAGCACGCCUGAUGGCAGAUUAGCACACCUGAAUUGUGAAAAUUUUAAUGAAAAUGAUUGCUUGUGUUCUUCCAAUGCUUAAAACACGUAGACGUUCCUCCGUAGUGGCUCCUCAGUUUGAAGUCUUACUUCGGAAACUUGGUGUGGAAGAUUUAUUUGACCUCAUCGUUUGUCUCCUUGGUUAGGGAUACCAUCUAUCCUGAUUUAACAGGACAUGUCUUGCUAUUGAGAUUGUUUUGGGGCGUCCUGAUUCAUUUUUAAUAUUUUAGCAUUUGUCCUGGAUUUUAUAAGUAAUUCAAUUGCAGCAUAUGUGAUUCAUGAGGGUUGGUAGCCAAUAGUGAUAUGUGCAUUUUGUCAUUUUGUUGAAGCAGAAAUUCGCAAUCCACAAUGAACUAUUACAGUUUAAUCUGAUUUGGAAAAGUUUAUCCUAACACCGAAACUUUGCAUGAAUGUUCAAUUGGAAUCCACAUCCAAAUCCAUGCUUAAUUAUGUGGUGUAAUAAUCUACAUAUUGUACUCGUGGUAAGUACUCUCAAACUAGUUUUCAUGACCAAGCAAAAAAUUGCAAAAUAUGCAUCAACUUUGCCCAACAUGAUCCUUCAUGACUCAUAGAAUAUAUGAUACGAAAAACAUGUUACGGGCAUAGAAAAAUAAUCUUCAAAAACCUUAUCUCAUUUGGAAACUUGGCAACUCGCAUGCAUCUCUGUUGUUCACGCUUGGCCGAAGAAAAAGCAAAAAGAAAAGUGAGAGGUCAGUUCUCAUGUCUCGUGUCAGGUUUGGUCAUAAUCUUAGCUGUGACAGGUGGCCUGAUUUUAAACUCUGACCAGAUGGUGUCCCUAUCCUUGGCGGAGGAGGAAAUGGACCCGGGCCACUGCCUGCUGUCAUCGUCCGGCGUCAAGUAGGUCUCGUAAUUCAUUAUGAUCACUACGUCACACUUUGCCGAAAAGAUGCUUGCCACUAGCUAUAACCGGAAAACACAACGUGCUUCAUGAUGUAUAACCUUUUUCGCUCCGGGUGGAGUUGGCAGAACGAAUAAAGCGUCAAACGUAGUUGCUUGACUGUUUUCGCCAUGAUUGCUGCAAAUCGACUGGGCGUCGACGAAUUGUUGUAGAAGGCUGAAAAAACGUAGAAUUUAAGGAAAAUAGUUCCAUUGAUAUUUCCUUUUUAUUUUUUUCUAUCGCCAUCCGAAGAAAUCGACUACGUAGCUGAGAAAAACAGUCUGUAUAUAUGAAGUGAAGGCGGGAGAAACGAAUACAUUUUUAAGUGAAACUUAUGAAUGAAACUUCUGCAAGUCGUGAAAACAUCUUAAAUGGGAAUUGUGUCUGACCAUGAUUUUAUAUUACAAUAAUAAGUUUUAGUGGGAACAUGGAAAAACUAUUUUAACAAUGGUUGCGAACGGUCAGAGCUACACAUUUUUAUUGGGGAUAUUAAAAUCUGGAACUGCCUUCAGACGUGCUAAACUGAAAGAGGGUACACUUAUUCAAACAAGACUAUCGUAGAUGGCAACUCUGCAUCUCCCAAGAUGCGAAUCAAAUAAUAGGCUUGUUCCAUUUCCUCAGUUCCUCUGUUGAAAUUUCCUACAUAGAAACAUUUUCACCACAUUGAAAUAUUUCACCCCUAGAGCGUAUGCAAUUUAUUAUUCAUUCUUAUCUCAACUUGAAUCGUCGCAGGGCUUAUCGAUACGAUUUUAUCGUCAAAAUAUUCAACCUGAUUGAAUUUAAUAAAUAAAAGCGUAAUACACUUUAAGCGAAAAAUAAACUGAAGAAAACAAAAAAUUAUAGAAUUCUCGAUCGGAGCUCCGACACAAAUGGGAAAAAGGUAAUAUUGUGAUUGCAUAUAGUCUUGUGGUUUACUGUAGUUUGUUUUUUAUUGGAAUAAUGGUUUUUAUCAAAUCAAUUUUUUUAUAUGAAUAUACGAACGAAGCAAAGAAAAAAAAGUAAUUAUAUUUACAUUACACAGUAAUCAAAUCGACCUACGAAAACAAAAUAUUGACUAAUGCGUUAGAAACCACAAAGCAGACGGCGUCAAACUGUUUUCAAGAGAACAAAACAUCUGCUAGUUGAUCCCGUAAGAAAAAGUUAUCGUUGCCACACUUUCACAUUUUUAGCUAGUACCAUCACUCUCGCCCAACUAUCGUUGAACCACACUGAAAAGUGGACAUUAAACUUAGAUAAACAAAAUUCAAUUAACACAUUCAACAACUUCCUAAAAUUCCUUGAAUAAAGUAAAUGAAAUGUUAUGUUAUUUUUGCAAUUGCUGAAGAACAAAAUAAACAAAUAGAUAAGAAUCACUAGAAUAAAAUUGACCACGAAUGAGUAUUUUUAUUCAAACAGGUUCCCUUGCACCACUAACUGUAGAGAAGCAGGAAUUUGAUAUCAGCACCAUUAUAUAUCACCGAAAAGUACCUACAUUUCAUUAUAUACAAGUUCUAUUUUUUCUUGUUAUAGUCCAAAAUCUAUUUCUACUCCCUAUACAUAGUAUAAGAAUGAAAGAACAUAAACCUAGAGUUUCAUUUGACUGUUGGUUUUUACCUGUUUCCGCGUCGUUUGAAGCAAAGUUUAAGAAAAAAGAAACAAACAAAAAUAAUGCAAACAAUUUUCGAAUAGUAAAUGCGUUUUGAUGUGCGUCUCGUAAUCCCAAAAUAAUAACGAACAAUGUUUGUUUCUUGAACAGAAUAUUACCGCAUAGGAGAAAAAAAACCAUUAAAUAUACACAAACAGAACUGAAUAGUUCAUUGCAGUUGAUACUUUCAAGUGAAGAAAAAGAAAAAAAAGCAGCCAGUAAAAGGACAUAGAAACAAACACGAAACAGCACGGCAAGCAAAUACACCAAACGAAAUACAAUGAAUAAAACAGUUUUUUGAACAAGAUAAAUGAGACCCGUACCGCUGCUAGAACAAGUAAACUAAACUAAACAAGAGCAAAAAGCAAAAACAAAAGUAAUAGCUCACUCUAUGCGAACAGCGACUGAUAACAGAGCCGAUGAUUUAGAAAGUGGUGCAUUUGAAUGGUGACGUGAAUGGUCAAGCACGCAGGAAAUAUGGCAUACUCAAACAUUCAUUGGCCGGCAAAAUGAAUGCUUCAAUAAAG